AUGACGAACCUCACGAACGAUGACGAAGAGUUUGGAAGCAGCAACAACCGAAGAGGAGAAGCAAAACGAGGACCAGUGACGAAGCGAUUGAGAACAAAUUGGGCUCCUAGAGUGACGAUCGACGAAAAUGGUGACAAAGAAGGUUUUAGGGAUUUCGAACACGAACACGAACAGAGUCCAGUGCAGUCGAUGAAGGAGAACGGAGUGGAUUAUUGGCACGUGGAUCGGAAUGAGGAUCCUAGGGUUAGGGUUUUGGAAAACGACGGCGUUGAAUCGGAGUCGCAGGAAUGGAGGAAGAGCGAUGGAGUGAGGUCUUGGCUUUACGAGUUAGGUUUGAGUAGGUCAGAGUGGAUAAAUAGAUAA